AUGCCAAGCUGGUCCUUGUCGGUGACAAGUCACGGGCUCAGUUGUCUCGGGCAGUUCCGUAAUCUCUUCCUUCUGUCCUUUACUGAUGUCGGCAAAAAGUCUCCGACGUUUGAAGACGCUGCAAUGAUAGCGGAUGCCUUGCUUCGCAGUGAUGUCAAGUUCACUCGAGCUAUUAUGUCCAUUGUGUCAUAUAUCCCGACACCACAAAACUUGCUAAACGUUGAGGAGAUUCCGUCAGCUCCCAAAAUUACUCAGGCGCUGAAGGAAGCUGGCCGCCAAGCGAGCAAUCAAGCGCGAAUUGAACUGCUAUGGACUCCGCGACGAAAAAUGCCGGUGAUAUGUUGGACAAACUGA